UCGAAUGCAUCCAACUCGGCAACUUCAACAACGGGACCAAACUCGCCAUGUCAUCCGCCUACCAUCCGCAGAUAGAUGGACAGAUCGAGCGCCUCAACCAAAUUGUGGAGCAACUCCUCCGCGCAGCCUGCAAGGACGACAUCUCCAAACGGGACUUGCAUAUGCCCGUCCUGGAGUUUGCCUACAACAAUGCUACUCACGCCGCCACUGGAGUGACGUCGUUCUUCCCCUGUUACGGACGCCACCCACUCACACCUCAACAGCCAAACAUACCAGCCACAGUCCAACCCGCUCAUGAUUUCAUCACGACCAUGCACAAACUUUG